UACCUCGGACGAGCCGCGUGCCUCUCUCGCCUCAGCGCGCGGCCGCCAGGAGCUGGGGGCUGGGUGCCGGGGACCGCGCGGGGCUGGGUUCUCUGAUUCAUUCAUUCUCCGCCGUCUGGAGCCCGAGGCCGCCGGUGCUGCGAGGAGAGGCGGGAAGAGGGGGCGGCCGCGAACGAGGCUCCAUUGUGCUCGGCGGGGGCCGGGAAGCCGAGGGAGGUGGGCUUGGGCCCCCUGCGCUGCUCCCCGGUGGCCGCUGCGCCCCCAGCUAAGCGCCAGCCUGGAAAUGGCUCCGCUGAUGCUCUUCGAGAGAACGAAUCGAUCCUUCCCAGCCUUCUCUGCCUGCUCUCCACCUCCUCUCAGCUCCGAGUCUUAGGAGGACGAACAUUGAAAGGACAGAUUCCGAUGUGGUGUGCCGUGCACAUCGCGAGCGGCCGGGCUUUGCACUUCGAGAUUUUUUCUAUAUAAUUUUUUUUUUAAUGUAAGCGAAGGGAGACAGGGGCAUUGCUGCCUGUAGGAUUUUUUAUUAAAGUGCACGUCGCGUUGGGUUGCACGCUCCACCUCUAGGGACCUGGUGUGGUGAAAUUUGAACCCACCGCCUUAGCCCUGAGAAGGCCGAGUUACCUGGCUCCCUUGAGUGGCGAGGGAGACGUGAGCGAAAUGACCAGCGAACUCGUUUUUUAUAAGACUCGGUGAAGCUGGGUUUUGCGUUUUCCUUCAUGCACACACGGAUUUUGUGGAAUAGUUGAGUGCUGUAUUCUCCGCGCAACCUCUUCAAAUUCCAAAUAAGCAAAUGUUUGAACGUUUUGGUAUCGGCGCAAGUGAAAUCCUUUUGCCGACAAGAACUAACUGAAUUGUCAGCAUCGUUGAGUUACCUCCGGAAAAGAUCUCGGGGGUGGAAAAGCAACUGCAAAAUAACAGACGGAGAAAAUUCCUUGGAAGUUAUUUCUGUAGCAUAAGAGCAGAAACUUCAGAGCAAGUUUUCAUUGGGCAAAAUGGGGGAACAACCUAUCUUCAGCACUCGAGCUCAUGUCUUCCAGAUUGACCCAAACACAAAGAAGAACUGGGUACCCACCAGCAAGCAUGCGGUUACUGUGUCUUACUUCUAUGACAGCACAAGAAAUGUGUAUAGGAUAAUCAGUUUAGAUGGCUCAAAGGCAAUAAUAAAUAGCACCAUCACUCCAAACAUGACUUUUACUAAAACAUCUCAGAAGUUUGGCCAGUGGGCUGAUAGCCGAGCAAACACUGUUUAUGGAUUGGGAUUCUCCUCUGAACAUCAUCUUUCUAAAUUUGCAGAAAAGUUUCAGGAAUUUAAAGAAGCUGCUCGUCUCGCAAAGGAGAAGUCACAGGAGAAGAUGGAACUGACCAGUACACCUUCACAGGAGUCAGCAGGAGGAGAUCUUCAGUCUCCUUUGACACCAGAAAGCAUCAAUGGGACAGAUGAUGAAAGAACACCUGAUGUGACACAGAACUCAGAGCCAAGGGCUGAGCCAGCUCAGAAUGCAUUGCCAUUUUCACAUAGUGCUGGGGAUCGAGCCCAGGGCCUCUCCCAUGCUAGUUCAGCAAUCAGCAAACACUGGGAGGCUGAACUAGCUACUCUCAAAGGAAAUAAUGCCAAACUCACUGCAGCCCUGCUGGAGUCCACUGCCAACGUGAAACAAUGGAAGCAGCAACUUGCCGCCUAUCAGGAAGAAGCAGAGCGGCUGCACAAGCGGGUCACUGAGCUUGAGUGUGUUAGUAGUCAAGCAAAUGCUGUGCACACCCACAAGGCUGAGCUAAAUCAGACAGUACAAGAACUGGAGGAGACACUGAAAGAGAAGGAGGAGGAAAUAGAAAGAUUGAAACAAGAAAUCGAUAAUGCCAGAGAACUCCAAGAACAGAGGGACUCUCUGACUCAAAAACUACAGGAAGUUGAAAUUCGGAAUAAAGACCUGGAGGGGCAGCUGUCUGACCUGGAGCAGCGCCUGGAGAAGAGCCAGAGUGAGCAGGAAGCUUUCCGCAGUAACCUGAAGACACUCUUGGAAAUCUUGGAUGGGAAGAUAUUUGAACUAACAGAAUUACGAGAUAAUCUGGCCAAACUACUGGAAUGCAGCUAAGGAGAGUAAAUUUCAGUGCCAAUUGAUGAAAAGAUACUGUCUGUCUUCGUAGGACUGUUUGGGCUUUGCACCAAGAUUGCACAAAUUUUUUUGAAUAUCAUCCCUCCAGGAGGAGGUGUUUUGAAAAUUGGAAUUGUAUAUUCAGUAUAAAUUUUAGAAUUUAGCUUGUAGCUAGUUGGGGAAAAAAAGACAUGAAAAACUUGAACUACAAAUUACCUCCAUGUAUAUUGGCCAUAGUUAACUGGAAAGUUCUAAGUAGACACUUAAUGCAAUCUUUCCCCCCUGAUAUUAGCUAAUGGGAGAAUUAACAAUGUCUGGGUUCUUUCUUUUUUUUGUUCAACACAGUGAAGAUUAUCUGCUUUUUAAAUUAAUUUAUUUAUGAUAUCUACAGCUGUGUUUUGUGCAAAAAUUUAGUAAUGAAAGCCCUGUUUUUUGUUUUUAUCUGAAUAAUUUCUCAGGAUAUUUUUGCACUGCUGAGAAGCAGGGCCAUUACCAAUUAAUUCUUGCCAGGUGUGGGAGAGAGGUACAUCUUCAAUUGAAAAUCACCAGAAAUGGGUGUCUGGAGUUCUUCCUUUUUUACUGUGAGUGUUUUCACUCUCGUGACUACUCUGGUACACUCUACUGUUCUCCAAUCUUGUCUGCUGGAUAGUUUACUUUUCCAUAUUGAUUCAUGUAUUUAUGAGAAGAUACUGUCUCCCAUUUUAUUACACAUUUUAAAGCCAAUUUAACAAAGGCAGCUGAGUCCCUCGGAUUUUUUUUUUUUAAAUUUAUAGUAAAUUUGACACACAGAACUGAAAUACAGCAGUCCGUCCUUGGCGGUUUAGGCUAGCAAUGUUAAGUAUCUUUACAGAAAAUAUGCAGUUACACUUAUUUAUAUAUUUGGCAAGAAAUCUUUUCUGAGUGAUCAAUGAAUUUCAAUUUAUGAGAAAUAAUGGCUAUGGGGGCACUGUUUAUUAUAGAUAACUUUAAGGUGAAUAGCUGAUUUCAAGGAGGUCCACUUCCACCUAGCAGCCAAUCAGAGGACUGUAUCUAAAUUGUGACCGUGGCAGAUGGGUCUUCACCGAAACCAUGUCUUUAUUCAAACUUCACAAGGCAAUAUUUUGAACUGUUAACUAGGCAUUUCAAAACAUGAAAUACCUUCAACAGUCUCUUCUUGGAGAGUUAGUUUUAGUGUUGUUUUGAUGUAAUUUUAAGACAUUUAGCAAACAUGCAUUUCUUUAUAUGAUACAUUUCUUUUACAGAGCUAUUUUAAUAGCAAACCAAGUGCUGUCUGCUCUGCCCGAGUAGGGAUUGCAUCAGAAUACAUAUAUUCUUGCUGUACAAUGCCUGUGAUUUUGAAGAGAGUUCUUUUCAGUGGAUGCUUGAGUACCUGACUCCGGAGUCAAUGAAUGCACUGGGUUUUUGUUUGUACCCCCAAAUGAUUGAAUUGUUAAAUACAAAUCAAGCAGAUAAACCCAUUUUUUUCACUCAUGAACAGAUUCUUAGUACUACUUUUGUUUUAUAUUUAUGUGUAUGUAUGUAAAUACAUACAUAUAUACCAAUUUAUAUUAGAGUGAAAAAUAAAUGGUUUGUUUCUAAAGUUAGUUUCUACAGUGAGGUAUCUCUGAAAAAUCUGUAUCAGACACACAUAUAAUCAUCACGUAUUAUAUGUCCUAUAGCUUCACGUCAGUCACCCCAUCUAUUUUAGGGUAUUUUCCUUAUCUGUUUAUUAUAGAGAGAAUAAUUUAGGUACACAUGCUCAGAGCUGAGAUAUUUCUCUGAUAAAUCAGGUAAUAAAAUUUAUUUGAUGGACAGAAUUUUGAAAACAGAUACGAUUUUAUCUAUGAGUUUCUGAAUAUCAAAGAAUACCAGGUUUUAAUUUAAGUAGAGGAUUAACACUAGGGAUCAGGGAAUUUAGUUAUGAAGAGUUUAAAAAAAAUCUUAAAAAAAAAGAAAAAAAACAGUGUAAGCUGUUGAUAUGGUAAGGGAAUUAUUUUAAUGAUGUAAUAAAAUAUUUUUAAAUUUUGGCAUAGUGAUCAUUUAAUGGGAAAAUAACUCACCAAAAUGUCUCCACUUGAAUUGUACUGAUAAUGUGAGGCAUAUGUGUAAUUCAAUAUAUACAUAUACCUAUAUGUAUAUACAGAAAUUAUUUUUAAUAUUUUCCUACUGCUGUGAAAUUUAAAAUUGGAAAUUUUGUGAGUGUUUUCCAUGUCCAAUAGAGCCUAAUUGUUUCUUUUUUUAGUAACUUAACACUUUCUUGAGGGCUGCACCUAUAACUUCCCAGCUUGUCAGUAGACAUGUACAGUACUUGGGAUGAGGUGGACACAAGUGCACAUAUAAAUAAGCCUUCUUAUUGACUAUUUUAAACAUUCACUACACUAGAGGAGCAUCUAGAACUCAUCGCCUCUAAGUCAUAGAUUGUGUGCCUACUGUAGCUUUUUCCAUUGCUGUAUUAUAUAGACAUUUGCAUAUUAAAAUUUGAUUUUUCCCAGAGAUGAAUAUUAUAUAAUGUAUCUAUAUUUAGAUCAGACUGUGGUAAUAUAUUGAUCAGAACUAAUGUUGGGGACUAUAGCCUGAACAUGUGGACGUGCAGCGACACAGGAGGAGAGCAGAGGUCUAUCCCAUUUGUGUGUAAGUUAUUAUAACUAUGAAAUCUUGUACAAAAGCAAAAACUGGAAAAAAACAAAAAUACAAUUUUUAUUUUGAAAUACAGUUGUUCUCUGGAGAAUGUACUUCCUCUUUUUUUCUCAGUCUUUUAAGGAUAUUUAAAGCAUUUACGCAAUGGCAGCAUUUCCUUCAAUCCUACAGGUGCUACUGGAUUUUGCAUUAGAAUGUGAUGUUUUAAAAUCCUAACUUUGACAUAAAAGGUUUUAUAAGUAUUUCCCUGCCUGGAAAAUUAGUUUUUAUUCUUCUCUCCUCAUUCCCUCCUCUCGCUCUGCCUCUCUAGACUAAAAAUGAACAUUCAUGAUAUUGCAUUACUUCUUGUCCCUAAAUGAAGUUUGCAGCACCAUCCAAACUCUGAUGCUCUGCUGUCUUAGAGAAGACCUUGUCCCUUAUCUCUUCAGGUGGCCCUGAGAUGGUGAGCUACCACAUGACCUUUAAAAAGCCAUGUCUUUGCUCUGCUCAAAUUAAAUGUAUCCUUUAGCAGGUGUGUCUCUGCCGUCAAUGUCUUUGUUGACCUCUGGAGUGUGGGCUUGGGUUGCUGCCUCUUGACCCCUACUGUCUCUGGGACGGAAGGCAGGACCUGGAGAAAGCCUGUGGGUUUGAGCCUUUCAUUUAUUUGAUACCAAAUAAUUUUAGCAUUUGAAAUUUUGUGCUUAAAGAUAUAAAAUAGACUUCUUUGAACCUUUUAGCAUAAUCUUUUAGCAUUCAUGAGGUAAAUUACCAUAAUUUCUUUUUCUUUCAUGGUGCUGGGGGUCAACCCCAGGACCUAGCACACGCUAGGCAAGUUCUGUGCCACUGAGCUACUUCCAGCCCUAUAUAAAAUCACAAAGAAGGAAAUCUCAGGUAAGAAGUAGUUGACUUUGACACGUGUUUUUUAAAAAAUCUUUACUGUAGAAUACCACACCAUAUGAUUAGUAAUAAUAAGUAUUGUUAAGAAUUAUAUAUAUAUUUUAUUUUAGACUCACUCAUUCCAUUGUCAUAAAGACAACAAAAACUGUUUUAAACUGGGAAUCAUCGUUCUUUUAAUCCCAGCAUUGAGAAGGCUGAGGCAGGAGGAUUGAGAGCCGGAGAUUAUCCUGGGCUAUAUAUAUAUAGUAAGACUUUGUCUCAAAAAUAAAGAAAAAUAAGUUUAAACCUAAUAAGCAGAGGGAGUUCAAAUCACUGACAGUUUCACUCAAGAAAUUCCGAGUCAGCACCACACUGCCUGACAAUCUGUUAGGCCAGUAGGUAAAGUGGGUGGCUUUAAAACAAACAAACAAAAAAAGUUAUACAUAUGAGUGUUUUCGUGUAUAUAUGUAUCUACCAAGUGUAUGUCGGGUGCUCUCAGAGAUCCAAAGAGGGCAUUAGAUUUUCUGAAACUGGAGUUACAGAGCUGCCAUGUGGGUGCUGGGAACUGAACACAGGGACUGUGCAAAAGCAACAAAUGUUCUUAACCACUGAGUAUCUCUGCAGCCCUAAUUCUCUGAGAAUUUCCUUCAGUGUGUUUUUUAUCAUAUUCUUUUAUGUUCCCCAACACCUCCCAGAUCUUCCCUCUCCCUAGCUACCCUACUUCAAGUUCUUUGUUUUGAAUGAGGGGAAAGGAGAGGGGAGACAGAAGAAGAGAAGGAGAAACCACUGAAAACAUGGAAUCUGAUUCGUGUUGGCCAGUCAAGUUACUCCUGGGCAUGGGGCCUGCUUUGCACUGGAGCUGAUGCACUCUGUCACUCCAGUGGAGAAUCGUCCCUCUCCCAGCAGCUGUCAGUUGCAAAUAGCUUCUCUGUUAGUGGUGGGACUUUGUGUCCACUUCUCCUUCUCAGUAUUUGGACUCUGUCUUGCUUGAGCUUGUGCAGGUCUUACUGUACUGUCACAGUCUUUGUGAGUUCAUAUGGUCAUCACCCCUAUUGUGUCUAGGAUAUGUCUUCCUUCUCCUUAAAAUCAUCCACCACCCUUGACUCUUAAAAUCUUUCACAUAGAUCCUGAGUCUAGAGGGGGGAGGUGUGAUAAAGACCCCUGAUCAGGACUGAGAUAGUAUUAAUGAAAGCAAGAACCUGGGACUGGCUAGGUCAUGGGUCCUAGGGGAAAACCUACUCCUGUUAUUCUGUUUAAUGAAUGUAGCAGUAAAGUGACUUCUGAUGACAUAGUACUGUACCCAUAGAUGAGUGCAUUGCUGCUCACCUUCAUUGGAGAAGCUUGUCCUUGCAGUAGGUAGUGAUUAACGCAUGCAGCAUAAGAGAUUCUGGAGAAGGUGCCUUUCAAGGUAGCCCCAGAUGCUGUUUACAGAUAGAAUGCAUGCUUAAGCACAUGCUAAGACAUGCAUGAAAUCCUUAGCAAAACAAGAAAUGGAAAAAUAAGAGAAAUUUUUUUUCUUUAGGUCAUUGUUACUAAACACAUGUGAGUCAUGAAGAAAAUUGUACCUGGACUAGAAUAAAAGACCAAAAACACCCAAAGACUUCCUGUGGAUUUUCACUUCUGUUGGCCACUUGUACUUCAAGCCUUAGCAUAGCUCUUCAUGCUCCUAUUCCCAGCUGUCCGGAUGACUGAGGCUGGAGAAUAUUUUGAUACAGGAGUUGAAAACCACUUAGGCCAAUACAGAUCUUGUCUCUAUAAAAAUAAAGGGGAAUGGAGAAUUGUCCUUAUCGUGAAUGCAGAUCAAGCAAACAGGAGCAUCAGAACCAGUGUUUAUUUGAUGCAUAUCAGGAUGGCCAGACAUAAAGUCCUCCCCCAACCUUAAUCCCUGUUUUGAGGUUGCUUUUAUUUAUUUUUUGUCGGGUUUUUUUUGUUGUUAUUGUUGUGUUUGGGUUUUGUUUUGUUUUGAGACAGGGUUUCUCUGUGUAGCCCUUACUAGUUUGGCACUCACUGUAUGAACUCAACCCCAGAACUCAACAGAGCUCUGCCUGCCUCUGCCUCCCGAGUGCUGGGAUUAAAGGUGUGUGCCAUCACACUUAGCUGGCUGCUGCUGCUUUUAACCAAAUCAUGAUUGCUCUGAAGAGUCCCUGAGAACAUCCUGCCAGUCGCUAAGAUUUAUAACCUGCUCCAAGACAUAUGCUUCUGCACUCACUAUUCUUUGGGAUUCUGACCUACUUAUGUCAGUACGCAGAAAUAGAAAUAUUACUCUGCUUCUUCAUAAUAGCAUUAAAUGAAGAUGCUUGGUGUCUUCAUAAAUGCACCUCCUAGACUGUUUCUGUAGUAUGGCAAAGUCUUUAGGAGUUUUCUGUCAGCAUGUUUUCUGUUGCUCAUGUCUGUUAUGCCUGUCUUGCUGAGUACACACUCAGUAAGUACCCUUUGUCUAUGUGACUUGUAAAUGAGACGUUUUGUUCUCCCUGGCUGUUUGUUGAGUGACAUCUCAGAAAUCAUGGCUAGAAAUGAGAUAUGCUUGACGUCAACACUUCUCAACAGCUUGCAUUUGGAGAGGCGGGCAAGGAGCAAAUUCAGAUGAUAGGCCCUGCUGUGUUCACAGCCACAGGUCGGUGUUUACACAUCUCUCAGGAGGUAGAGUUCUUGAUCAUGUUUCUGCUGCAGGUUUUUCUUCUAAUUCAUCUGCCCUGCUUCUCUCAAAUAUUUUUUAGAACUCAUUUUUUGUUUGCUUGUUUCUUUUUUGUUAUUAUUGUUGUUUUGAAAAAAGUCUUACGUAGCCUAGGAUAGUCUGAAAGUUGAUAGCUAAGGACAGUGUGCCAAGUUCUGUGGCUCCGGGUCUGCGCUGUCCUGUCAGUGUCUGUGUGGUCCUAGGGCUUCACCCAUGCUAAAGGAGCAUUCUGUCGGCUGAGCUGCACUUCUACCCUCUUAGGAUGCUUCAUGGCCUUUUCUGAUGCUUGCAGCUCUUGUUGCCAUUGUGAGUGACAUCAUGCUUUUGCAGGUGUCUUAUUCAUGGAUCGUGUUUUAGUCUCAAUUUAAAAAAAAAACUACAGAUUUCCAAUGAUUUAAUGAGUAAUUGUUCAUGUGUGGAAUUUAAGUUCCUUUAAUUUAAAUAACAUCUUAAUUUGAAAGCACAUACUAGUAGUCCCAGCACUUGAGAGGCUGAAGCAGGAUUGCAAAUUUUUGGCCAACCUAGGAUACAUAGCAAAAUCUGUCAUAAAACAAAAUAGUAGAAGCUGGGCUUGAUAGGCCGUGUCUUUAAUCCCAGCACUCAGGAUGCAAAAACAGGUGGAUCUCUGUGAGUUGGAGGCUAACCUGUUCUACUAAUAGAGAGACCCUGUCUCAAAAAAUGAAACAAACAAGCAAACUGUAGGCACUUUGUUAAGAGCACUAGUUCUUGCAGAGGAUCCAGGUUCAAUUCCCAGCACCUGCAUGGCUGCUCACUACCAUGCAUCACUUAGUUUCAGGAAAUCCAGCAUUCUCUUCUGAUUGCCACAGAUACCAGACAUGGACAUAGUGCACAGACACUGCAGACCCCAGACAUGCAGACAGUGCACAGACACCAGACAUGCACACAGUGCACAGACUAUACAUGCAAAACACUCAUACACGUGAAAUAAGUAAAUCUUUAAGAAACAAAAGCAAGGCCAGCCUGGUCUUCAGAACUAGAUUCAGGACAGCCAGGAUUAUAUAGGGAAUUCCUGUCUCAAAAACAAACAAACCCUACAGCAAACUGAUAAUCAAGGCCUUAGGAAGACAAUUCCACUCCUGGAAACUCAUUCCUAGCACUGAGGGAGAUCACUGGGAUAUACUAUGCUGUUCAUUCUGGAUGACUAGUCAGUGCUAACUCUGUAGAAGCUAAGGCUUCUCCCAGUUGAUCUAACCUUUAAACCAUGAAUACAAGUUAAACCUUGAAGAAGGCUGAAAACACUUAACAAAGUCCCAGUCAGACCACAGUCAUGAUUAUUAAGUAGAGUACCUGCAUUGUGCUGGGUUUGGGGGCUAUAAGGGCCUCCUGGGUCAUGUGACUUUCUCUUAUAUCAAAUUAGAUUUAAAUAGAAAUAACAUAAGCAUAAUAUUCAACAUUUGAGUCUCCCCUCUCCCUUAACUCCAAGACAAGUUUUCUCUGUCUCUGUGUAGCCCUAGCUGUCCUAGAACUCACUCUGUAGACCAGGCUGAUCUCAAACUCAGAGAUCUAUCUACCUGCCACUGCCUCCCAUGUGGUAGCAUUAAAAAUGUCAGUCACCACCGCCAGGCAGAGUGGAUGAGACAAGACAGAACUCUGAGUUGAUGUGUCAUAUCCUCUGCUAUAGGCCUUCCAGCUCAUUUAUUUGUUUAUUUACUUAUUUAUUUUUGAGGCAGAAUUUCUUUAUAUAGCCCUGACCAUCCUGGAACUCACUCUGUAGACCAAGUUGGCCUUGAACUCAACAGAGGUCCUCCUGCUUCUGCCUCCCCAAUGCUGGGAUUUAAGGCAUGCACCACUAAACCCAGCUCAUUUAAACCAUUUCUGAGAGUGAUUUUAGAUACUUUGAUGGUGUUAUUAUCGCCACUGUCCGUUUACCUUUCUGUCAUCCCUGAUGAUGUACUUUAUACCUCUAUACGUUCUUGGAUGCAUGGAGUCAUACAAUGUUUGUCUUUUUGGGUCUGACUCAUUUCACUUAGCACUUCAUGUUGUGGCUUGUCUCGUCAUUCUAUUGCUUCUUGAGGCUGAUGAUUCUGUUGUGUGGACACUAGCUUUACUUCACCUAUCCAGUCAUUUGUGGGUGAAUGUUUGGGUUGUUUCUGUCAUUGUGAAUAUGCUGCUGUGAACGUUUGUGUAUGUGAAUUUGAGUCUAUGUGUCACAUUUUGGGGGACUAUAAACCUAGGAUAUAAGUAGGAAUUUCAUGUGAUAAUUCUAGGUGUAACUUUUUGAGGAACAAGCAAAAGAUUAGGUUUGAAUUGGGUAAACGCAAAAAAGACUAGGAUAAGGUGUGAGCGUGCGGGGAAAUUCCAGUCUCCAGGCUGGUGUUUUGUAAUAGGUUCAUAUGUGACCCACGUGCCUUGUUUUAAAGUAUAUGUGCAUGUCAUGUGGAAGUCAGGGAACAACUUUUAUGAGUUGGUUCUCUCCUUUCAUGUUGAGUUGUCGGGAUUAAAUGCAAGCUGUCAGACUUGCAUUGCACGCACUUUUACCUCCGGAGCUGUCUCAGCAGCCAGUCCAUAUGCCUUUUACACAUUCUUUCCUAAGACAGUUACUGAGCACCAGCUAUGGCCCAGGCUCUGUACUGGGAUAGAAACUACAGAAAGGGGGCCAUCGUUGCAUGCUAGGUCAAGUUAUUUAUACUAUACAUGCUGUGGCAAAAGACAACUCUGGCAGGGGACAUCAUCCCAGGGAAGGGAAGUGGGAAGGUCUUUUCCAAAGGAAGGGAACCCUCCCAAAUUCUUGCUGGAAUAACUAGAACUAGUCAGUUAUAGGCAUAAAAGAAUUACUGAGAGUGUUUCAUAUGCAAAGACUCAGACAGAAAAGCUUUGGGGUCAUUAAGAUUAGAGUGGGUCAGUGCAGAUGAAGCAUAGAACAUGGGAAAGGGCAUGACAACGAGGGGGCAAAGGUACAUUGGAACUUUGUGGUUCAUUCACAAGGUUGAUUGGGGCAUUAUUCAUUCUGAGGGUAAUGGAGAGUUGAGGGGAUUUUGUUGCAAAGAAGUAAUGCAAUAAAGUAUGUUUUAUAAGACUAGGCAGUUAAAUGAAUGGCAAUAAUCACUGCUGAGAGACUGUUGACAGCUAUGGUGCUGGGAAUGGUAACUAUGCAAUGAUGUGUUUGAAUAGGAUUUAGGAGGUAGGAUUUCCUAACUCGGGUAGGUGACUUGGGAGAAUGUGUCUUGAACUGCAGGCUGCGUUCAACAUGAGGAAGAGCUGGAAAGCAGAGAUCAGAUGCGUGGAUUAGACUCUGUUCCUCUUGUGUGAAUAGAUGGAGUAGGGGUGGGAUUACUGGAGCAAAUGAGUUUCCUUUUGAAUGAAUUUAGUGUGCAUGGAAAAAUACCCAAGUGAAACUUUUAAGUCUAGGUAUGAAACUUGGAGGAGAAACAAGAGCUGAAAAUAGCUACUUAGGAAUCAUCGCUGUGUGUGGUAGCAGUUGAGGGCCUGAAAACAGGGAGAAUGUGAACUGAAAGAAUCUAGGCUAGAUGCAUCUUGAAGAAGAAUUACAAGGGGUGGGGUCAGCCAGAAUAGUGGGCCUUCUGAGAGCCUAGCGUGGAGUUCUAGAAAGCCAUAAUUCACAUGAAAAUACAGCCACAAAUCAACUCAUGUCUCAGGGUGAUGGCUUAAAAUACAUUCUGUUAAGAUUCUUUAUUUGAUAUUUUAGGCUUGAAGGAAUAAAAAAAAACUCAACAAACUGAAAUAUGUACUUUAGCAAACUCAGAUUCUCUAUGUAUAACCUUUAAAAACAUGAAAGAAAUCCGGGUUAACAGUUUUUUCCUGGAAUAGCAAGGCAAGUUGGUAAAGGAUUGCCGCUGGUCUCUGUAGGAAUUGGGACUUCCUGAAUGUGCCGGCUGAACUGAAGCCCAGAAAUGGCAUCUGCAGGUGAUGUCUUCUAGAGACCCAUUUUAACACUUAACAAAAGCGACUUUGUUUUCUAUAGUGGUAUGCUGAUUAAAUGCUCUGACCCACUGUCUGUGUAUUAUUGGACUUCGUGUUGUUCUAGGGAGUGGGGCACUGAGGCUCCAGCCACAAGAAGCUUAACUACUCUUUUCUGUAGCUCCCCAGCCUCAUCAGGGUUAAGUUCCUGGGACCUGAGUCUGUAGUUCUAUGUCUUUCGGUUUGUGAAUUUGAUACUGAAUCAAUGGCCAGGUAUUUGUAUAUUUGCAUUGCUUUAGAAAGUUUGUUUCUGUUAUUCUAAGUACUCCUCUUUCUUAUUAAUUCAUAAGCAUAACUACUUAACAAAUUAUUCUCUUAUAAAAGUAAUCUCAAAUGGUAUCAAGAAAAACUAUUCUUUGUACUUGGUUUUAGUCUCCUGUGGUAUUUAAGUUUUAUUUCUAGUUUGAGUUACAUUUAAAAUUAGUUGGAAUUCCCUGAGUAGACAUUAUUUGUCACUUGGGCAAUAGACUGAGCAUGUUUGACAUUGCAGGACGGAAAGAGGAGCCACCAGUGUUCACAGUUUGCUCACAAUAUCCUAUAAAAUUUUCAAGUCAACUUGGGAAUUGUCAAAUAAACAAUAACUUUGAAGUCA